AUGGCUACACCACCUGCUCCAAUUAGCCAAUUAAAUAUUCUGAUAAUUGGUGAUAGCGGAACUGGUAAAAGUUCUUAUAUCAAAAGACUUCAACAACAAGCAUUCUCUCAUGAUACUACUAGAACUAAAGAAUGUGAUAUUCUUACAAUAAAAUUAAAAACUAAUCAAGGUGCUGAUAUUUCAAUAAAAAUAUUUAAUAUUGCUGGUUCACAACGAGGAAAAACAAAAAUAAACGAAUAUUUUAAGAACAUAGAUGGAUGCAUCAUUAUGUUUGAUUUAUCUCGUCCAGAGACAUAUGAUAAUGUAUUAGGAUGGCAUAAUGACAUUCGAAAUGUAAAUAAAUCAGAUGAUUUGCAAUGGAUGCUUUUAGCAAAUAAAUGUGAUCUUGAGAAAAGCCAAGAAUCUGAUUAUGCCAUAGGUAGUAUGAAAGAUUACUGUCAAAUGCUUGGUUCUUGUUGUUCUUUUGAAACAUCAAAUAAAGAAAAUAUCAAUAUUGAAAAAUCGUUGAAAACGUUGAUCGACGAAAUAAUUAAACGAAAAAAACCGUCAAUAUCGAUACCACUCGAAAACGAGAAACGAGAAUAUCGAUUCAAAGUUUUAGUUAUUGGUGAACGUAAUACUGGCAAAACAGCGAUUAUAAAUCGCUACACAAAAAAUACUUUUUCAGGAACCUAUCGCACUACCAUUGGUGCUGAUUUAGCUGUUCAAAAGAUUCAAUACGAUCCCAAUACUAUUGUUCAUCUUCAUAUUUGGGAUAUCGCCGGUGAAGAACGAUUUGGAGGUAUGACUCAAUUAUUUUACAAAGACGCAGCUGGCUGUCUUAUCGUGUUUGAUAUAACUACACCAGUAAGCUUAACGAACAGUGCAGCAAAAUGGAAAGAUGAUUUUGAUAAAAAACUUGAUAUUCAUGAGAAUAAUCAAGUGCCAUGUAUACUUAUUGGCAAUAAAUGUGAUUUAAAAAGAGACGGUACUGACAUCAAUGAAGAUUUUAUAAAUGAAUUUUCUCGUAGACAUCAAUUCACUGAUUACUUAGCAACAUCCGCCAAAAAUAACAUCAACAUUAAAGAAGCUUUUUCAAUUCUUCUCGGCAAAGUAAAAUGA